AUGGCUGAACCCUUUGGAGAUCGAGUUUCUUUGGUUGUGUUUGGAGCAUCAGGAGAUUUGGCUAAAAAGAAGACAUUUCCUGCUCUCUUUGGACUUUUCAGAGAAGGACAAUUGCCAUCAACGGUGCAAAUUGUCGGAUAUGCCAGAAGCAAUUUGAGUGAUGAAGAAUUCAAAGACAGAAUCAGACCCAACUUGAAGCUCAGAAAUGCCGACAAAUCCAAGAUUGACGAGUUCUUAAGCUUAUGUUCAUAUAUGCAUGGCCCAUAUGAUGAAGACUCUGGGUACGUGGAAUUGUUGGACAAAUGUGUUGCCUAUGAGAAGAAACAUAAUGUCGCAGUUCCCGAACGGUUAUUUUAUUUGGCGUUACCUCCCAGUGCAUUUGCUACUGUGUGUCGUUUCUUAAAGAAACACUUGAACUCCGAGUCUGGACUCAAGACCCGGGUGAUUGUCGAGAAGCCCUUUGGCAGAGACUUGCAAACCUUUAGAGAAUUGCAAGAGAACUUAUCACCGUUAUUUACCGAGGAUGAGUUGUACAGAAUUGACCACUAUUUGGGUAAGGAAAUGGUCAAGAACCUUUUGGUGUUAAGAUUUGGCAAUGAGUUUUUGGGGGCUGCCUGGAAUAAGAACCACAUCAAAUCCAUACAGAUAUCCUUUAAAGAGGCUUUUGGUACUCAAGGAAGAGGGGGGUAUUUUGAUACCAUUGGAAUCAUUAGGGAUGUGAUGCAAAACCAUAUGUUGCAGGUUUUCACGUUGCUUACUAUGGAAAGACCUGUUUCCUUUGAUCCGGAGGCUGUUAGAGAUGAAAAGGUCAAGGUUUUAAAAGCUGUUGAACCAAUUGACCCUAAGGAUGUUUUGUUGGGUCAGUAUAGUGCUUCGGAAGAUGGAAAGGAACCGGGAUAUUUGGACGAUGACACCGUUAAUAAGGAUUCUAAAUGUUUCACCUAUGCUGCUUUCGCUUUGCACAUCCAUAACGAAAGAUGGGAGGGGGUCCCUAUUGUCUUGAGAGCUGGUAAGGCUUUGGAUGAAUCCAAGGUGGAAAUUAGAAUCCAAUUCAAACCUGUAGCCAAGGGGAUGUUUAAGGAAAUCCAAAGAAAUGAAUUGGUGAUUAGAAUUCAACCAGACGAAGCCAUUUAUAUGAAGAUUAACUCCAAGAUUCCUGGUAUUUCCACUGAAACCUCUUUGACUGAUUUGGACUUGACUUAUUCAAAGAGAUACUCUGAUGAUUUCUGGAUUCCAGAAGCUUACGAAGCCUUGAUUAGAGAUUGCUAUUUGGGUAACCAUUCUAACUUUGUUAGAGAUGAUGAAUUGGAUAUUUCUUGGAAGCUUUUCACUCCAUUUUUGGAAGCUUUGGAAGCUGCGGAUGGUCCUAAACCAGAAUUGUAUUCUUAUGGUUCUAAAGGGCCCAAGGGGUUAAGAGAAUUCUUAGCUAGUCAUGGCUAUGUCUUUUCUGAUGAAGGAACUUAUCAAUGGCCUUUGACAACUCCAAAUGUUAAGGGUAAAAUUUAA